AUGAAUGCACUGUUGAGAAGGUCGGAUAAGGUGAAGGAGAAACAGGUCAGACGUUGGACUUUUUUAGAGGAUUUGAAACUCAAAGGGCUUGUGGCUAUUUGUGCUAAGACUUGUAGAUCAAGGUGGUUUAACCAUCUGGAUCCAAGGAUCAACGAUGAUGCUUUUAGUGAUGAGGAAAAUAAAAAGCUACUCGAAGCUCACAAAGAAUUAGGUAGCAAAUGGUCUAAGAUCGCUAGGCGUUUUCAUGGAAGGACAGAUAGAGAAGUGCAUAACCAGUGGGACAAACUUAUGAAACAAAAACUGAAAAAGCCAUCAACUCCUCCUCAUCAAGUAACUGCCAAUGACAAAACAGAAGGGUUUAUAGAUAGUGUACGUGAUGAAAACACAAAGAUAAAUAACUCUAGCUUGAAGAUACCACAAGAGGAAACAACCAAUUACCUCAGAUCGAAGCAUCUCACAGAAGCAAUGGAAUACUCAGCUCGUCAUCACCACUUUUCUAACUUGAUCCCUACAGUUUCCUUGGCAAUGUUCACACCGCAUGUCCCCAUCUCUCAACCAUCAUCAUCAUCAUUACCAUCAAAAGCAAACGAUACAAAGGCCAAAAUACCCCCGAAGUUUAUAGAUUUUCUCGGGGUAGGGGAUUCUUGA